UUGUUGUUUUUAACAGGGUCGCGGGGAGCGGGGGCCGCGUCCUCGCCGGCUGGAUUCAGGCAGCUGUUCUCUUUCCCUGGAAUUGGGGAUCGGAGGACUUUCUGGUUCCUCGCGGGAGGGUCGCCGGUUCAAUCCCAGUAACGGUCAGCACCGUAUCUUGUUACAACUGUUGGCGCAGACCUCGCAGGUCACAGGCUGGUCAGCGCUCGCGGGCCCUGCAACCCUCUAUCCGGUGCGGGGAAUGAGCUCUUGGGCUGCGCCACCCACCGACGCGUCCAGAAGCUGGUGCGGCAGGCAUGGACGCCGUGACCUUCACAGACGUGGCCGUGAACUUCACCAAGGAGGAAUGGGCCCUGCUGGACCCCGCGCAGAGAAAUCUCUACAGAGACGUGAUGCUGGAGAACUGUAGGAACCUGGCCUCCGUGGACUCGCUGAAUCAACGUAAGACCCAAAACUCAACCCCCCGGCAGGACAUUCUCGCCGAGAAGACCCCUCGGGGAGCGAACAGAGUGUGUGCCGUGAGCCGCAGUACCCGGCCCUCCCCGCGGGGAAAAGACUGGAAAUGCCACGAGACGGGGGAGCCGCCCAAGCAAAGGGACCGAAAGUGGCAGCAAGCUGCGGGCGUUCACAGGAAGGGCGAGUCUCCGGUCAGAAUCUGUGAAUAUCGCGAAACGAAGGACGAUCCUAAACCAGGCUCCAAGCUUGUGCCUUCCCGGAGAGAUGCCGCAAGAAACCGUAUCCCAAACUGGGGCUCAGAUAUCCUGAAACAAAAUCCUGUCCUAACCAGUAAUCAAAAGAUCUAUAAAAACUACGGAUAUGACAAACUCUUAUGGCAAAGCAUUGUCUUGAUCCCGUUUGUGAGGAGUCGGACGGGGCCGGAGUCAAACGUGUGGCCUCACGAUUACAACAAUGUGCUUCACAGCCAUAAUAACAUUCGCAUGGGGACGGAUGUUCAUGAAUGGGAUCCAUUUGGAAAAGCCUUUGGUGAAGACGUCUGCCUCAACGUAUGCAGGUCUCACGUUACAGAGAAAACCUACGCGUCCGAUCCGCGUGGAAUCACCUUCCGAGAUAGCUCGAUCCAUGAGGCACAGAGGCAAUCCUGUAUGGCAGAGGCAAAUCAUGAGAAUAAGCAAGAUGAGAAAUCCUUUGCCCGCCCUGCAAAUUCUGACUCACGCAAGGAGACUAAGCCCGGAGGGGGGAAAUACAAAUGUCAAGAAUGUAGGAAAUCUUACCUGUAUCAGUCGUCCCUCGUGAGACACAUGGAAAUUCACACCGGAGAGAAGCCCUACGAAUGCCAGACAUGUGGGAAAGCCUUUAAAUAUUCCUUACACCUUAACAAACACUUACAAAAGCACAUUAUCAAGAAGCCCUAUAAAUGCAGGCGAUGUGGGGAGACCUUCAAUGAGUUCUCAAAGCUUACCGAACAUAGAAGGGUUCAUAUCGUAGAAAAACCCUAUAAAUGCGAGGGAUGUGGGAAAGCCUUCAUCAGUUCUCACAGAUUUAAAAACCACCUAAAAACUCACAGUUGACGGGCACUUGGCUAGCCCAUUCAGAAGAGCGCGAUCUCAAAGUCACGCUUUCAAGCUCCACGUGGGCUGUGGAGAUUGCCUAAAUAAAUACACUUGAAAAAAAAAUACAAAACGAAACUCACAGUUGAGAGGGGUCCUGCGAAUGAAAGGAAUGUGGGAGAAGUUUCAUUAGUUUUCUCGAAAUAAUGAGCCCAUGAGGACGUUUUGGGAGGGAGCUCGAGUCUUCCCUGAACGACAGAAAUGUGAGAACCCAACACCCUGACAUAUUCACACCCUAUGUAGGUAAGGUCUCUGGAAAGUUUGUCAUCUUUUUUCAUCUUUGCUAGACGUUUCCCCUUGCACUGGAGACACGCCCUAUGAAUCUAAGGAAUCUGGAAAAACCUUCAAGGUUGUCUCAAUGUAAUCCUUGCACGAAUUCACACUUUGGAGACUCGUCGUGGGAGUAAGGAACAUGAGAAACGCCUCUUUAAGCAUUCGUCCCUUAAGUUACCCAAGAGACUACAUCCUGGAGAUGAUUCUAAGAUUGCAAUAGAUCCAGGAAAGUCUCCCCGCUCCCAAGGCACAGAUGAGUACAUAGUAGGAGAGAAACACAGUAAAUGCUAGGAUUGCUGCCACUGCCUUGCCUCAUCCUUCAUCUGGGACCAAAAUUCAUUGCUUUCCACUUUUGGUUCUCUAAUAAAAUCCUCCGAGAUGAUGAA